GCAAAGUUGCCCGGGACUCCCGGCGCGUCGCCGCGGACGCUGGAGAGCAGGCGCUUGGCUCUGCCUGCUCCGCGUCUUCCGCUGCUGGCUGGCCGGAGCCUGCUCGCCCCGUCGCGCUCCCCCGAGGGCAUGCGACAGCGGCGGGACGCUCGGCUCCCGGGCUCGGCGGCGCGGGCGAGCGACAGCGGAGGCACAGUUCUUGUCCACCAUGAAUGAGUGUCACUAUGACAAGCGCAUGGACUUUUUCUACAACAGGAGCAACACAGACACAGCGGACGAGUGGACAGGGACAAAGCUUGUGAUCGUCCUGUGCGUGGGGACGUUCUUCUGCCUCUUUAUAUUUUUUUCUAACUCCCUGGUCAUUGCUGCGGUGAUCACAAACCGGAAGUUCCACUUUCCCUUCUACUACCUGCUGGCUAACUUAGCUGCUGCGGAUUUCUUCGCCGGAAUCGCUUACGUGUUCCUGAUGUUUAACACUGGCCCGGUGUCGAAAACGUUGACCGUCAACCGCUGGUUCCUCCGCCAGGGGCUCCUAGACACCAGCCUGACUGCCUCCCUGGCCAAUUUGCUGGUUAUUGCUGUGGAAAGACACAUGUCCAUCAUGAGGAUGAGAGUCCACAGCAACUUGACCAAAAAGCGGGUGACGCUGCUCAUUCUGCUGGUGUGGGCCAUCGCCAUCUUCAUGGGGGCCGUCCCCACGCUGGGAUGGAAUUGCCUCUGCAACAUCUCGGCCUGCUCUUCUCUGGCUCCCAUUUACAGUAGGAGUUACCUCAUUUUCUGGACUGUGUCCAACCUCCUGGCCUUCUUCAUCAUGGUGGCGGUAUACGUACGCAUCUACAUGUAUGUUAAAAGGAAAACCAACGUCUUAUCUCCACACACCAGUGGCUCCAUCAGCCGCCGGAGGGCUCCCAUGAAGCUAAUGAAGACAGUGAUGACCGUCUUAGGCGCCUUCGUGGUGUGCUGGACCCCGGGUCUGGUGGUUCUGCUGCUGGACGGCCUGAACUGCAAGCAGUGUAACGUGCAACACGUGAAGCGCUGGUUCCUGCUGCUCGCACUGCUCAACUCCGUCAUGAACCCCAUCAUCUACUCGUACAAGGACGAGGACAUGUACAACACCAUGCGGAAGAUGAUCUGCUGUGCCCUGCAGGACAGCAAUACCGAGAGGCGCCCCUCCCGCAACCCCUCCACCAUCCACAGCAGGAGCGAGACGGGCAGCCAGUACCUGGAGGACAGCAUCAGCCAGGGCCCGGUGUGCAAUAAAAACGGCUCCUAAGCCACGGACGCCUCCGCCCUCUUCCCCUGGGGAAAGAGCUGUUAAGCGUCCUCACCUGUCUCACAAAGCACGUGGACAGGGUUGUUUGAGGGCUCCAUGCAUCACUUCUGGGGCUUUUAAGUUUUCAUGGUCAAGGAAAAUAGAUUUACGGCGUUUAGUAAAAGCGCACAGGAAAGGGAGAGAUGAGCAGUGGGUUCCGGCUUGUCUGUGAUCCGCUCCCAACAUCCUCCAGCUCUUGCGAGAGCCAUGCUGGGCUCUGUCACCAUCUUGCCACCAUUGUCUGUGUGUUUUCAAUGAUGGUGUUGAAAGUCCUAGGUCAAAAGAAAGUAGUAAAUAAUGGUACCUGAGCCCCCCAUUGUGUGGCUACUAGAUUCUGUAGUUGUUUCCGCAUGGGUUUAAAAUGUUCAGAAAAAUAUUUUAGCAGUGAACUUUGAUUUCCUCAGAGAAGCCAUGGCCAGGAGCUAGGUGGGCAACUGUAUAGUAGAGUAAGUGAUGAUAUUGACCGGUAGGUUGAACUUCUUCCAAAUAGCGUCAAAUAUGAGCACGAUUAGAUCUUCAGUCUUGGUUAUCAGGAUACCGCUGAGGGGCUUGCUGGAUCCCAAGUGCAAAGUAAUUGCACAUCGAGUAUUUUAACCAAAGCUGCCAGCGUAUUCUAUCUUGUGGACUGCAUUUUGAUCUUGUAUUUUUCUCCUUCAAAGACCUCUGAAAGGUAGAUCAGUUAAAAACAAAAAUAGUGUUCAUACACAUAGGCUACUGACCAGUGUUUUCGGUGUAAGACGUUUAGAGUGUAUUCUGACAAAGUAAGAAUAACUUCAAGGCAGGCACUAUGGUAUUUAUGUAGCUUGCAAACGUUUACAUGUUCUCUCUCUCUCUCUCUCUCUCUCUCUCUCUCUCUCUCUCUCCCCUCUGCUGUUGUGAUGUAACAUUUAUGUGCACAAACUACUUGUAAUAAAAUAUUUUAAGAAGCUAUGCUUUGAGAUAUAAUGGCCUAAAAUAUAGAGCGUUAUGAUUUGAAGUCUUAGAUUUUUACAUGCUUGAUGCAGUAGGUAGGUGUACGCAAAGCUUAUGUGAAAGCUACCUAUAAAAUAAUAAUUUGCGAGGACCUGUUAUCCCUUGAUGAGGGCCAUUAUUGCUCUGUAUAUUAUCUAAGCAAAAAUACAGCAUGUGGUAACUGUGACUCACACUUGUAUUGUAGAAGAAAAAAAAAUCAAAUUUGCCAUG